UUGCAUUAGUAGCACAAAGUAAAACACAAAUUUUUCAUUUCAAUAAAAGAAGUCGUGCGAGCAGUACAAUUCGAAAAAAUUAAAUUUCUCAAAUAUAAAAUAUAGAAAUUUAUAAAAACUGGUUUUUCAGCGUUCUGAAUAAUUCGAAAUAUAAUCAAGAAGUUGUACCAAUUAAUUGUACGGUAUGGACACCGCAUCGGACAACGACAGCGACGAAGGCUCCAUUGGCGGUAAUGCGGCAAAUGAUAUGGGAAUUGAUCUGACCGGCAUAUUGUUCGGCAACAUUGACUCGGAGGGCAAACUCGUGGACGACGAGGAUGACAAAGGCCACGCUUUUGAUGCGGAACUGCGCGAAAAUCUAGGCUCUUUAUCCAAAUUGGGUCUUAAUUCACUUUUGAACGAAGUGAUUGAUCAGAAUGCCGUCAAUUCGGAUGAAGAUGGUGAGGACAAGCCGAUGGCAGAAGCCUCUGAAUCUUUGAGCGCCUUCGAUGCCCUGAAGGCUGGGCUAAGCAAUGAGGCCAACGAGGAUGGAGCCAUUAAGGCUCAGGACGAUGCAAUCGAUUAUUCGGACAUUAAUGAGUUGUCCGAGGACUGUCCACGCACACCGUCGCCUCCAGCUCAGCAAACUGACGAUGGUGCAUCUAUUUUCGACGACCUGGAAGAUGCUAUACCAGCUACCAAAGUAGAGGCGAAGUCCACCAAAGACGACAAGGAGCUGAUGCCGCCGCCUAGUGCACCGAUGCGAAAUGCCAACGCAGCGUCAGCUGGCAACGAGGAAUCCCCCACAAAAAGUGGACCAGCUGAAGCGUCUGGCGGCAGCGACGAAAAGUCAAGCGACGCUAAAGCCGAAGCAGAUCGUCGCCUGGACACGCCCCUGGCGGACAUAUUGCCGUCAAAAUACCAAAACGUCGAUGUUUGCGAGCUGUUUCCCGACUUCCGUCCACAAAAGGUGCUGCGCUUCUCUCGCCUCUUUGGACCGGGUAAGCCCACCAGUCUACCUCAGAUCUGGCGGCAUGUGCGCAAGCGGCGGCGUAAGCGCAAACAGUCGCGUGACCAGAAAACAAGCAAUAAUGGCGGAUCGGAUUCGCCAAGCGAUUCUGAGGAGCCACGUAGACGCGGCUUUAGUCUUCACUUCGGUCCAGAUCCAACUCCGGCUCAAUGCAUGUCCGAUGACGAGGACAAGUUGUUGAGCGACAUGAACAGCGAGGACGUGCGCCAGGAGGGACCAGACAAUGGCGAAAAUAGCGAUCAGAAACCAAAGAUCGCCGAUUGGCGCUAUGGACCCGCACAGAUCUGGUAUGAUAUGCUGGAUGUGCCUGAUUCUGGCGAGGGAUUCACCUACGGGUUCAAGACGUCCUCCUCGCAGCCUAAGUACCUCACUGAACGCUCGGAAGUAGGGGGCGAUAAAAAUGCCGAGCAGCCGGAACUCAGCAUUGCGGAUGAUGCAUUUCUUAUGGUCUCCCAGUUGCACUGGGAGGACGAUGUGGUCUGGGAUGGCAACGACAUUAAGGCCAAAGUGCUACAAAAGCUCAAUUCCAAGACAAAUGCCGCGGGCUGGCUGCCCUCGAGUGGAUCUCGCACAGCGGGCGCUUUCAGUCAGCCGGGCAAGUCCGCUUUGCCGGUGGGCAACAGCGGAGGGAAUGGCGGAAACAGCGGCAAACAAAACUCUGGUGGCUCAAACAAGAAGGCGCUGCAGAGUGCUGCCCAAAGCAAGCAAGUGGAGGUUACCGAUGAUACCUGGUACAGUUUGUUUCCCGUGGAGAACGAGGAGCUCAUCUAUCACAAGUGGGAGGAUGAGGUCAUUUGGGAUGCUCAGCAGAUGAACAAAGUGCCCAAGCCGAAGGUCUUAACUUUAGAUCCCAAUGAUGAAAACAUUAUACUCGGGAUACCCGAUGACAUAGAUCCGUCCAAGAUUAACAAGAACACUGGGCCUCCGCCCAAGAUCAAGAUACCGCAUCCUCACGUUAAGAAAUCUAAGAUAUUGCUGGGUAAGGCUGGUGUGAUCAAUGUACUGGCCGAAGAUACCCCUCCGCCGCCGCCCAAGAGUCCAGAUCGCGAUCCCUUUAAUAUAUCGAAUGACUCCUAUUACACACCUAAAACAGAGCCCACACUGCGUCUCAAGGUUGGCGGCGGCAAUCUCAUACAGCACUCGACUCCAGUGGUGGAGCUACGUGCUCCGUUCGUGCCUACGCAUAUGGGACCGAUGAAGCUGCGCUCGUUUCAUCGUCCGCCGCUAAAGAAGUACUCGCACGGUCCGCUCGCGCAAAGCAUUCCGCAUCCUGUUUAUCCGUUGCUGAAACAUAUUGUAAAGAAGGCCAAGCAGCGCGAGGUGGAGCGCAUUGCUUCUGGCGGCGGCGACGUGUUCUUCAUGCGCAAUCCCGAGGAUCUGAGCGGCAAAGAUGGUGAUAUUAUUCUAGCUGAGUUCUGUGAAGAGCAUCCGCCGCUUAUGAAUCAAGUGGGCAUGUGCUCCAAGAUCAAGAACUAUUACAAGCGCAAGGCCGAAAAGGACAGCGGUCCACAGGACUAUGUCUACGGUGAAGUGGCUUUCGCUCAUACGAGCCCAUUCCUGGGUAUUCUGCACCCGGGUCAGUGCAUCCAGGCCCUGGAGAACAACAUGUAUCGUGCACCAAUCUAUCAACACAAGAUGUCCAUCACGGAUUUCUUGAUUAUUCGCACGCGCAGCAACUACUGGAUUCGUGCUGUGAAUGCAGUUUUUACUGUGGGUCAGGAGUGCCCACUGUACGAAGUGCCUGGACCCAACUCGAAGAGGGCUAACAACUUUACGCGCGACUUCUUGCAGGUCUUCAUUUAUCGCCUAUUCUGGAAGAGCCGCGACAAUCCUCGUCGCAUUCGCAUGGAUGACGUGAAACGCGCCUUUCCGGCCCACUCGGAGAGCAGCAUACGCAAACGAUUGAAGCAGUGUGCUGACUUCAAGCGCACAGGCAUGGACUCCAAUUGGUGGGUCAUCAAGCCCGAGUUCCGCCUGCCCUCCGAGGAGGAAAUUCGUGCCAUGGUAUCGCCCGAGCAGUGCUGUGCCUACUUCAGUAUGAUAGCAGCAGAACAACGUCUAAAGGAUGCGGGAUAUGGCGAGAAGUCGCUGUUCGCCCCUCAAGAAGAUGAUGAUGAGGAGGCGCAACUGCUGGACGAUGAGGUGAAGGUGGCACCCUGGAACACCACACGCGCCUACAUACAAGCGAUGCGCGGCAAGUGCCUGCUGCAGCUGAGUGGACCUGCUGACCCCACUGGCUGUGGCGAGGGCUUCUCCUAUGUGCGCGUGCCAAAUAAGCCAACGCAAACAAAAGAGGAGCAGGAAUCGCAGCCGAAACGUUCAGUUACGGGUACCGACGCUGAUUUGCGUCGUCUGCCCUUGCAGCGGGCCAAAGAGCUGCUGCGCAAGUUCAAAGUGCCCGAGGAGGAGAUCAAGAAGCUCACUCGUUGGGAGGUCAUCGACGUGGUGCGCACGCUUUCCACUGAGAAGGCCAAGGCCGGCGAGGAGGGCAUGGAUAAGUUCUCGCGCGGAAAUCGCUUCUCCAUAGCCGAGCAUCAGGAACGCUACAAGGAGGAAUGCCAGCGUAUCUUCGAUCUGCAGAAUCGUGUGCUCGCCAGCUCUGAGAUAUUGUCCACUGAUGAGGAUGAGUCUUCGGGUUCCGAAGAAUCUGACCUGGAGGAGCUAGGCAAGAAUCUCGAGAAUAUGCUGGCCAAUAAGAAGACAUCGACUCAGCUGUCACUGGAACGCGAGGAGCAGGAGCGUCAAGAGCUGCUGCGCCAGCUGGAAGAGGAGCAGGGCGAUGGAGCCAGCAAAGCGGCCAAAGCCAAGGAGGAGGCCACACAGCAGCCUAUGGCCAACAGCAAUCAGGGACGCAUUUUACGCAUAACGCGCACCUUCAAGGGCAACGAUGGCAAGGAGUACACGCGCGUGGAGACGGUUCGCCGGCAGGCGGUGAUCGAUGCGUACAUCAAGAUUCGCACCACCAAGGAUGAGCAGUUCAUUAAACAAUUCGCCACGCUGGACGAGCAGCAGAAGGAGGAGAUGAAGCGCGAGAAGCGGCGCAUCCAGGAACAGUUGCGUCGCAUCAAGCGCAACCAGGAGCGUGAGCGCUUAGCACAGCUGGCACAGAACCAGAAGCUGCAGCCAGGCGGCAUGCCCACUUCGCUGGGCGAUCCCAAGAGCUCGGGCGGACACGCACACAAGGAGCGCGACAACAGCCACAAAGAGGUUAGUCCAUCGCGCAAGAAAUUCAAGCUCAAGCCGGAUCUCAAACUGAAGUGCGGCGCUUGCGGCCAAGUGGGUCACAUGCGCACCAACAAGGCCUGUCCACUGUACACGGGCAUGCAGAGCAGUUUGUCCCAGUCGAAUCCCUCGCUGGCCGACGACAUGGACGAGCACAGCGAGAAGGAGAUGAACAUGGAUGAUGAUGAUUUGGUUAAUGUGGAUGGCACGAAGGUCACCCUCAGCAGCAAAGUGCUCAAACGCCACGGUCAGGCGCUGGAGGACGGCAAGCGACGUGGCGGAUUGACACUGAAGGUACCGCGCGAUGCCGUGGGCAAGAAGAAGCGUCGCAUGGCCAACGAUGUACACUGCGACUACUUGCAGCGUCACAAUAAAACGGCCAACCGUCGCCGUACCGAUCCCGUUGUGGUGCUCUCCUCCAUAUUAGAGCAUAUUCUCAACGAGCUGCGCUCCAUGCCGGACGUGUCGCCGUUUCUCUUUCCGGUCAAUGCGAAACGCGUGCCGGACUAUUAUCGCGUGGUCACCAAGCCCAUGGACCUGCAGACCAUGCGCGAGUACAUUCGUCAGCGUCGCUACACCAGCCGCGAGCUCUUCCUCGAGGACCUCAAGCAAAUCGUGGACAACUCGAUGAUCUACAAUGGAGCUCAGAGCGCCUACACCUUGGCUGCUCAGCGCAUGUUCAACAGCUGCUUCGAGUUGCUGUCUGAGCGCGAGGAUAAGCUGAUGCGACUGGAGAAGGCAAUCAAUCCGCUGCUGGACGAUGACGAUCAGGUGGCACUGUCCUUCAUUUUCGAUAAGCUGCACACGCAGAUCAGAGGUCUGAACGAGAGCUGGCCUUUCCUCAAGCCGGUUAACAAAAAGUCUAUCAAAGAUUACUACACAGUUAUAAAGCGCCCCAUGGAUUUGGAGACGAUUGCCAAGAAUAUUGAAAAUCACGUUUACCAUAGCCGUGCCGAAUAUCUAGGGGACAUCGAGCUAAUCGCUGCCAACUGCGAGCAGUACAAUGGAAGCGAGGCGCAGUAUACCAAGUACGCCAAGAAGAUAGUGGACUAUGCCCACGCGCAGCUAGUGGAGUUUAACGACCAUUGUGCCCAGCUGGAGGAGAACAUCAUGAAGACCCAGGAACUGGCCAGAGAAAACGCUCCCGAGUUUGAAGAGGCCUGGGGCAACGACGACUACGAAAUGAGCCGCAGUCGCGCAAGCUCGCCCGGCGAUGAUUACAUCGAUGUGGAGGGACAUACCGGACUAGCACUUGUCACACCCAAUUCAAUACAUCGCUCCAUGGUUGCCGACACAAGUGUAUCGCACGGCAUCUCUCCGGUGCGUAAGCCGGCGACGCCAGCCGGUAGCGAGGUGAAACGCGGCCGUGGUCGUCCACGCAAGCAACGCGAUCCCGUGGAGGAGGUCAAAAAUGCAAACCCGGUUAAACGAGGUCGGGGCCGUCCCCGCAAGGACAGCCUUGGCUCUAAUAUGAGUCAGACGCAAGCUUACUUUCUGGACGAAGAUCUGCAAUGCUCGACGGAUGAUGACGAGGACGACGAGGAGGACUUCCAAGAGGUAUCUGAAGAUGAGAACAAUGCUGCCCACAUUUUGGACCAAGGGGAGCGCAUGCAAGCACCCAACGAUGGGAUGUACUACAUCGAUCCAAAGAACAUCAAAACGGAGAUCGACAUCGAGGCACAGCAAAUGGCAGAGGAGCAAUGCGGCGAGGACGACAGCCAGCAAGCGGCUGAAGCUAUGGUGCAGUUGAGUGGCGUUGGCUACUACGCUCAACAGCAGCAAGAUGAAUCCAUGGAUGUCGAUCCGAACUACGAUCCCUCCGACUUUCUGGCCAUGCACAAGCCACGUCAGAACCUUGGCGAAAACUGUACUGCAGCCAGCGCGUUCUCUGACUUCAUGGCCCAGGAUGACAAUGGCCAGUACAAUCCGCCGGAAGCGAGCACUAGCUCGGCGGCAGCUGCCCAGCAGGAGGACGAGUCGCCUGCCGCAACGGGCACCAACAACGCCAUGGGCAUCGAUGACGAUCUCGAUAUAUCAGACAGUGACGAUGAGGACAAUGGCGGCAUGCGCAUCAAGAAGGAGCUGCUCGAUGAUGGUGACAUGGCUGACCAACAAGCCCAACAGCCAGCCCAAGACCCAAAACAAAUAUAUGUGCUGGAUGCUUCCAAUGAACCCGUCCAGCCCGCCACUGACUACCAGCCGCAACAGUCGAACUAUCAACCCGGACAGGAGCAGCAGGAGCAAGUCCAAUCAACUAAUAUGCAACAACAGCAGCCGGAGUCGCAGCCGCAGACCCAAAGCGAAAAUGAUUAUGAUUGGCUGACAUUCUAGUUUUAAGAAUUUUCCGUUUUCUUUCUAUUACUUUCUUUUUUUUUUAUUAUUAUUAUUAUUAUUAUUGUGAACGAUUUUCUUUAGAUAUUUCUGUAUUCUUUCUUCCUUCUUUUAUUUCUGAUGUGACAAACCUCUUCUCAAAUCAGAGAGGUGUUAAACAUUUAUAUUUUUGCAAUAAAUUUAAAUAAUAAUAAAAAAAACUCCUUGUUUCUCA